AUGCCCGUCGCAGUCGCACCCCCCGCCCCCAUCGAGUCCCUCAAGGCCUCCCUCGCCGCCGCUACACUCGGCGACGACAAGCCCUUCGACAUCCGCGCUUACUCCAACUUUGACACCACCCCCUUCAUCGGCACAGAGUUCCGCGAGUGGUCCAAGGACGGCAAGCCCACGCUCAGUAUCCGCGAUGUACUCGGCAACGACGCAAGGCUCAAGGCCCUUGGUCGUCUCGUGUCUGAGCGAGGCGUAGUCUUUUUCCGAGACGCCAAGAUCACACCCCAAGAACAGAUCGUCCUCGCCGACGCUCUCGGUCGCCUCGGGGGCAAGCCCUCCACCAGCGGGCUCCACGUCCACCCUCUCACCGCCGAAGGGAGCGAGUUGGGUGACGAGAUCAGCGUCGUCUCCCACAAGUUCGUUUUCGACAAGGAUCACAAAAAGACCGAUACCACCCUGCUCACUAGGCCAUUUGGUGCCAACACCUGGCACUCGGAUAUUACAUUUGAGCCCAUCCCUUCGGACUAUGCCACCCUUCAACUCCGCACACUCCCCACUACCGGUGGCGACACUCUUUGGGCCUCUGCAUACGAAGCCUACGACCGCCUCUCCCCGGCUUACCAACAUUUCCUUGAGGGCCUCACCGCCACCCACUCUGGCCAGGGAUUCGUCGACAUUGCCAAGCGGUCCAACACUACCCUCCGAGAACCCCGAGGGGCGCCCGAGAAUGUGGGCCAAGAGUUGAGCACCGUGCAUCCUGUCAUCCGAACCAACCCAGUCACGGGGUGGAAGGGCAUUUUUGUCAACAAGGCGUUCACCAAGAGGAUCAACGAGUUGACUCAGCGGGAGAGCGACAAGCUUAUUGACUUCCUAACUGAGCACGUUUCUGCUAACCACGACUUGAUCACGAGAUUCAAGUGGGACGAAAACAACCUCGCCAUCUGGGACAACCGAUCUACUUUCCACACCGCGACCUUUGACCUCGACGAACAAGAGCGUGUUGGGACCCGUUCCGUUUCUCUGGGCGAGCGACCGUACUAUGACCCCAACUCCACCGGUAGGCGAGAAGGUCUCAGGGCUAGACAGGAGAAGCUGUGA